AUGUUUAAAAAACGUACAGAAAAACCUAUGGAUACUUCUACUACAACUACUUCUUCAACUACUCCUUCUACUACUAAUACUACCACUGCUACUACUAACAAUAAUGCUACGUUGAAGUCGAAAAAAUUCCCCGCGAUGUUCAAAAAAAUGAUGCUUUCAAGUGAGUUUCACAAUUUGUUAAGGUAAUUAUUUUAAGUACAUACUAUAUUAUAACACGUUCAGGUAUAUUAUAAUACGAAUAUAAUAUAUAGGUAUACCCGUAAUUUUUCAUUGUUUUUAUUUUCUAUAUAUUAUAAUAUUGUUUGAUUCCAGAGAAGGAUUUGAGUGAAUUUUGUAUUGUUUUCAAUACAAGCAAAUUCAAUUUUCAAAAUUGAUAAAUGUGUAAAUUAUUUAAUGGUCUAACCUAAAUCAAGCCUUCCUAAUGACUUAGUCUUAUAAUUCUUAUGACUUUUGCCCUUUUUUACCAAACAAAAGUACAUAAUAGUAACUUCAGAUAUUCUCCGCUCAUACAUAUUUAUUUGUUUUUCUUUGAAUGUUUCAUAAAAGCUAAAUAAAUAUAGGUACUAAAAACAAUUACAAUACGAAAUACACUAUAAACCAAUUCCAUACGAUAUUUUGCCAAGAUUACAAUAUGUGGAUAUAAACGCCAAAUAUAAUAUUAUUAUAAUAUUAUUCAUUCCAUAAAUAAUAUGCUGAAGAUUAAAAAUUAUGCUAAAUACCUCUAGGUACUUUUAGUUUGAUUUUCAUCAUGAGUUAUAACUAAAAAAUAAUAAUAUAGACGAUUUACAUUAUAGCAGGAGUCAAUAAAACGCAUAUUGAACAAACGGUUUAUACAAAUUGCAUAGAAAAAUAAUAUAAUUCGAGUUUUAAAUAUUAUUUGCGUGCAUACACGGUCCACUAAACAACACGCGUAUACUUACCUAAAAUAAUAUAUUAUUACGGUUAGAAUAAUACCUAUUCGUCCAUGACCUUCGACAAUUAUAUAUUAUCGUUUUUACAAUGUAGGUAAUCGAAAAAAAAAAAAAAAAUCGCAGCGUGUUGUACAUAAAACUAUAGCAUAAAAAUGUAUAACAUUUUGUCACUAAAAUUAGUGUAAUUAUCGCCACCAAAGUCGUGUACGCACAUAUAUAUAUAUAUUAUAUAUACUACGUUACUAGAUUACGAAUAACAAUAUUGUAAGGUACCUAUCUAUAGUUGAAAUAGUACAUUGAUUUUCGUAUACCGAUAUCAACAAACUAGCGAACGUUAUCCAUGGUAACGGUGAUGGCGGUUAUGUUAGUCGUGUAAAAAUUGAUUAAAAUUUAUUCGAAGAAAAUUAUCCGUUUUUUAUACAGGCAACUAACUACUAAAAUAAUACGGAUACUUAUACUGACCGAAAAAAUCCUCUUUUCCGUAUUAUAAUGUACAAUAAUACACGAAGUAGGUACGAGAUUUAUACAGUCCAUGACUAAACUGAAAUUAGGUAUACUGCACAAAAUAUUAUAUGGAAGUGCCAUAAACAAUUAGGUAAAUACAUUAAAAAAAAAAAAAAAAAAAAACUUAUUGUUAAUUUGAAAAUACAAUUUACUUAUAUAAUCCUUGCUAAAGAAAAUUCAAGGAUAUUUAUCCACAUUUUUUAUCAAACUAUCGAUCCCAGGCUCCCUUUUUUUCAGAUUAUAUCGUGAUGGUUAUCACUUGAAUAUAUUCUAAUUAUUCUAUUUUAAAUUGUAAAUGAAGCGGGGAUUGUAUUGGUUUUACAAUGAUAUUUUUUUUUUGUUGAUUAUCCCGUGGGUUUUCAUAAUAAAUGGGAAAAAACGGAAAAAUGUAUGAAAUAAAUUAUUUUCAAAUCGUAAAUACUACAGCCUUUCAGAACAUCUACAGCCGAACUCCACUCAGAAUCGUUUUUCGUUAGCAAUGAUAAAUCGUUGCGUACAAAUAUACAUUAAAUCUGUCCUCUACCUUCCCAACUUCUCACAUACAACAGUGGCCCAUCCAUCGUGCAAAGUACGUGAUAUCCGUUUGUUUUGUUGUUUUGAGGCCUGUACAUCGACCAACAUUUUUGGGUGGGUCGUGGGUGUAUUCAGAGGCGUGUAAGACUAUAGAACCAUAGAACAACGAGUUUGAAGUAAUACGUACAGUAGAUAACUAUAAUUAUAACAAUUUAUUGCUUAUUGAUUUGUACAUAUGAUGGGAGGAGGUAAUGGGAGAGGAGAGGUUGUGGUGCUGGUAAUAAUAGAUAAUUACUAUAGGCUUCACACGAAAACAAAUGUUCUGUAUCCCUGUUACUGACGAUAAUUGUUAUGUAAUAUUUCAAUAACGAAUCGAAACAACGUAUUUAAAAAAAAUUCGUAUUUCAUGUUUACUACUUAGGACUAAAAAACAUUUCGAAGGACGCGACUUCGGCGGUAAAAUCGUCGGUACAAAAGAAGACGUCGUCGGCCAAGAAAAAGUCAGCGGCGGCGGCUGCGGCGGCGGCAGCGGCAGCGGCUGUGGUCGCGAAAGAGACCGAACUGCAGGUAGUUCAUCAGGAACGUCCGGGAACGGCCACUUUGGACAAACCGCUGUUGUUGGACAAGCGCGCCGCAGACAGCGCAGCGCUAGUACCGGAAGGACGAACGUCGGCCACCGGCAAACGUCCGGCCGUCCAACAAUUCAACAGCCGGACAUACCGGGUAAAGACCAAGGACCGAAAGAGCGUGCUGAGCUUGCCAGAAGUGUCCAAAUUGCAGCAGACGUUAAAGAACAGGAAGAGUCAUUUGCCGAUCAAGGUAAAACCAGCGGCCCCGGCACCGCCUGUUCGGCAACGGGUGCAAAAGAUGUCGCCCCCGCUACGGCCGCCCGCUGCUGAUGGUAUCGACAAAGAAAACGACAAUAACGGGCAGAAUAACAUCACGGCGGGUACCACCGUCACACACCCGACACCAUCGCCCGCCGACGAUUAUCAGCCGGAAAAAUGGGUUCCGACGGCCGUCGGGUCGGCGAGAAAGAAGAGACUUGUCCUGUGCUAUUUGUGCGGCAAAGAGUUCGGUACGGCUUCAUUACCGUUUCACGAACCGCAGUGUCUCAAGGUAAGUGUUUCGGGUUUUUUUUUUUUUUUUUUGUUUACGAAUUUCGUCGACAUUAAACUUUAAACGCGUAUUAAAAAAAUAAUAAUAAUCGUAUUAUUAUACGGUAAUUUGUUUACAUUACGAGCGUAUUGAAGACGCUAUUAUAGUUCUACUAAGUUGUGUUUUUUUUUUUAAUAAAAUAUUUUUCCGUUCAGUAAAAAUGCUCCAAAUCGUUCAAAUUGUGUACUGAAAGAUGUAGUAAAAGAUUAUUUGCCCAGCGUUAGUUAUUUAUUUGGGAAAAAUAUACAAGUUUUCGAGGUUUCUAAAAAAGAAAAAAUUAAAUUUUUAAAACACUGACAACAAAUUAUCACCGAUACAAUGGUUUUACUUUUGUUAAUUUCUGGGUAACCUUCGUCUACAAUCGGAAAAAAAAACACGACUAAUACAAUAUAACCUUACCAGAUUAGUCAGUUCUACUCUGAAUUAUUUGCCAAGCUUUUAUUUUUUGCUUUUUUUACCAAUAUAAAAACAACUCGACGAUAGAUUUUACGUCAAAUUAUCGAAUAUUUUUACGAAGCCAAAAAAUUAACAUUAUAUUCAUUGAUAAAUCGGAAAAUAGAACACCUAUAUAAAAUAUAUUUUUCAAAAUUGCGAAUAAAUAAAUGAUUACAUGGUUUUCCUUUUUUUUUUGUUCGUUUAUCUUGACAUAACCAUAUUAUAAUAUAAAAUAUACUUAUUUUGAGCUCUUGAACUUGAAAUAGCGGGGUUUGUUUUUUUAUUUUAAUGAUUUGCGUUUCGAAUGAACGUCGAUAAAUUAUUUCGUGACAACAACAGUAUAGGUUUGGUCUUACAACGACUAUACAGAUAUAUAGUACCUAUAAUAUAGGUACUAACACAACAAAAUAUAAUACGCACCUGUGUUCUGUAUAUACCGACAUGGCUAUACAUAAUAUAAUUAUAAUAUUGUACAUAUAUUGGUACUGAGUUUUCAAAGUACUAUUAUCACCGAAGCUCAGUAGCGUAUAAUCUAGGGUCCAAGUGUUGCUCAAGCAACACCUUAAAUAUGGGUGGAUGGGUAUUGCUAAAAGGACAAACAUCAAAAUUUGUUCUGUCACCCCGCUUACGGUACAAUAAAUAAUAAGAAUACAUUUUAGCGAUAUUUAAUCGGUAGGUAUAAUAAUAUUGUGAGGGAUAGGUCACCUAAAAUUAUUUGAGCAACACAAAUUUGUCUUUUAGAUAUACGACGCCGCUGCCGAAGUUGAUAUAACUAUAUCGUAUACAUGUAUUUAUUAUUCAUUUUUCAAAAAAAGUAACUUAGAAUAGUUUUAUGUCAUAAGUGUUUUAAGUCAUUUUUCGAUUUUCUAAUCGGUUUUAAUAAUAAUUGAGAAAAACGGGAAAAUAUACGUACCUACGUACUACAUGUACAAAAGAAACUUCACUCCGAAUCGUUUUUAUUCGUUGGUUUAUCGUUGCGUACAGAUAUAAAUUAAAUUCUUAUCUAUAUCCUAGCUUCCCAACUUCUCACUUACAACAGUGGCCCAUCCACCAUAUGAAUCUUUUUUAGAUAAUAUUUUAACGUCUUGUUCAAACAAUGUUUAAACUUUUUCAGGUUAUUGUUUUCCUUGCUUCAAUUUCAAUUGGGUACUUCUUUACUACGUUGCGUUACAAAAUACCUCUUAAUUCAUAUUUCCAAUGUAAUCGCUGUCUAUUUUUGCUCGGCUUUUGUAAAUGGUAAAUGAAAAUGUUGGCGACCAAAAGAUUAUGUUGUUUGAUGGAUUUUAAAACGAUAGGAUCUAUAAUAUAACUUACAUAAUCUGUACACAUUUAACUAAAUGCUCGGUUAUAUUAAGAGUUCACAAUCAAAUCUUUAAAAAUAUUAUACGAAUCCAAGGAUGUGAUGUGGAUAAUAAUAAUUAACAAAUACUUAUACAUUUUAAACAAUACCGUUUUACUUAAAAUAAAAACAGUAUACUAUUCAAAUUUAAACCAUUAAAUGGUAGACCACAAAAGUCAAAGAGGCGUUUAAAUAAAUACACAAUACUAUUUUAAUUGCCGUAACUAUACUAUUGCAGAUAUGUAUGCAUGAAAACAUUAUGUGGUAGACAUUUUGCUAGUUGGCUAUAUUAAGUAGGCUACUUGUCCGUGACCCAUUGAUGGGCUAGAUACUUCAAAAUGAGUAUCACACACAUCGGUCUUCAGUAUCUAGGUACAUAAUACGAGUACUAUAUUUAGGAUACUGUACUAUGUUUACCUACUAGAUACUAGAAUUGUAAAUUGCAAUACAAGUUACAUCGUUACUUAUACAUUUUAUGUAUUUGAACAUUAUAUAGAAUGUCCAAUGAUGAUCUGACAACAACUUUUGUUCUAUUCAAUAUUUUUAACAUAAAUAUAUAUAUAUAUAUAUAUAUAACUCGUUAACAAGAUAAUCCUUGUCAUUUAAUAGACACAAACAACUGAUUAUAUAUUAUAAUAGAUUAUAAACCACAAUGAUAUUCCCAUUUGCAAAAUCUUCAAAAAAUUGUAGAAAAUAAAAGACUAUACCUAAACAUAUAAAUUUCAACCAUCAAACAUUUUUCUAAAAAUCAAAGUACGAAAUGGUUACCUAAUUUGAAUUUUUUAAAAAAAAUUGUAAUUAAAUUAAAAAAAUUUUAUUUAAGUUCCCACACAAAAAAAAAAUAAAAAUAUACUAACUGUAACACAGAGGCAUAUUAAUUAUUAAAAAAAUAUAUAUAUAUUAAAAAUAUUGGAUAGAACAAAAGUUAUUUCAAGUGUCAGAUCAUUGUGGGACACCCUUAAAAUAUUAGUUUAAUUAUUUUUUGAAAUUUUCAAAAAUUUCUCUCCCUCCUAUCUUCGUACAAUGGCUUUCAAUUUGUACUGAUUUGAGAGGAAAUGGCUCAAUUAGCCUUUCCUUCAGUCGGGCGGGAUACUUCAAAAUCAAUAUCUAGAAAUAUUUGAUCUUUCGGAACUGUAUUGCAGUGCAAGAUACAAUUUUAUCUAAGUUCAGAGCUCUACUUAGGAAUUUUGGAACGUGGGUAUCUAUGAUAUACUAAGAUACGUGUAUUGAAGAUGCUAUACCCAACCCUGCGUAUGCAGAUAUACACAUGAAAAAUAUCUAAAAUAUCAACAUCUACUAUAUAGAUACAAUACAAAUUUCAAACCGCCGGAUAUACUUUUCGUAUACGUAUAAUGUAUGUGACUUGCGACUGGAGUGCGCCUCGAAUGGAAUGCAGGUUAAACUGUGCGCAACGCGUGGGAAGUUCGACGGUGAAUUUCACAUUGAAUAUCCGUUAAUUUGCUCGGCUACUGUGUAGUAGGUAGGCAGUUUCCCCGUUUUCAACUUGCCUACAGGUAUGUGCGUAUAGGUAUAUAAUAUACGUGUGUAUACGGGAAAGUCGUCUAGUUUGUAAAAAUUUGUGUACACAUUUUGUAUAUCUGUGCUAAUACCUGUGUACAAAUGCGUAUCCGUCGUAGCUAUACCCACCAGUCGAUUAUUAUUGUUGUGAUGUAGGUAUAUACAGUUUACACACCGUCAAAAUACAAUGCAUCCGAUGAAGUGAGAGCAAAACAAUAAUAAUGGGUGUGCUUGUCUGCCGGGCAACCGCUACAGGAAGUCCGUAACGUGUAUACACAUAUAUAUGUGUGUGUGUACGUAUGUGUACCGUGUGUACCUAUAAUAUGGUUUUUUCGGAGCGCUACUCCCAUUGUUUAAUAGAGAGGAUGUCAUCAUGCGCAAUACUAAUACGAGAGUCGCUUUUGCAACAUACAAUAAUAAUAAUAUACACUAUACGCCGACCGGUAUCAAUAAGAAAAACCUCAUAGUAUAUCGAACGAAAUUUAAUUGGACUCAAUAAUGCCGUUGUUGCAGCUGCAGCAAUCAUCGCAUUGAACACGCGCAUUUGCAGUGGUGAAUUUCAACAUAGCCAGGCCAUACAACAUAAUAUUAUACGAUACAGCAAGCCGCUUUACCCAAUGUUACCCGCAGAGUAAAAGUAACGCCGUGAUGGUUGUUUAUAUUUUAUUGAACCGUAUUAGGUUCAGGUAGGUGGGGUGGUACGGUUUUAUUCUGAAAAAAAAAAAAAAUCUAAUUUUUUACGUUAUACAAUAAUAAUAAUGUAUAUAAAUCAUCUGUGCAUUUCGAGCGGAUAUACGGAUUAGGCUAAUAAUAUUGUUAUAAAUACGAGUACAAAUGCGUUUGAUUAACGUCUUGUAAACUGUAACAGGUGCAGUAUUAUAGUACCUAUGUAGUAAUUAGUAUAAUAGUAAAAAAUUAAGUUGUUUAAAUUUUGUUGUAAUAACAACACUUUACUUUUUUUCAUUAUUGUUUAUUAAUUAUUCCAAAAAGUAACAGCCGAGCAUGAAAACAAUUAUAACAUUGUCUUCGGAGCUUGUGCCAAACCGGUUCACAGUUGCAAUGCACCACCCGUGAAUAAAUACAUUUUAUAUACUUGUACCGGGUUUACUUGUACUAGUUGUGGGUGGGAAGCUUGAAAACUAUACGAUACAGGGUAAUUUAGUUUGCAUAUUAAAAGCAACAAUAAACCAAAUUGCAAUCAGAAAACGAUUUUGAGCUGAAGCUCGUUAAACUGUUAAAGUUAUGUUAUAAGUAUAUGUUAAAAUAUAGAAUUAUUGUAUCCGCCUUUUCCUCCAUGUAACCAAGAUAACCCAAAAUGAAAUUAACAAAAAUAAAAUCGAUUCUUCGUCAUUUGUUGUCAGUUUUUGUCAAACCCGCAUCUUUCGUGGUGUACCAUGAAAAAAUUGAAGCAUUUUUACUCGCCGAAAAAGUGUUUGAAACACAUCAGAUUGAAACUGUUAUAGUUUCUUCGCAACACUCAAAAUCUAAAAAAAAAAAAAAAAACAAUCAGUCUAAUGGAUGAAUAACAAGCAGAUGUAGAGAAUUUCACAUAAAAAUCGCAUCAUUGUAUGGGAUAAUAUUAACAACACCAUCACGGUAAAUAUUAUUAAAAUAAUAUGACCUAGAAAAUAAAUAUAAUCUAAUAAUAUCAUUGGCGUGGGAAAAUCGGGGCCCACGGUCGUCGUGCGUUUAAUAUUAUUAUUUUUUAAUACGCCACGAGCAUUUUUAAUCUGUCGUAAAAACUGUUUAUUUGUGACAUAUAUAUAUAUAUAUAUAUAUGUAUAUACGUAUAAAAAGUCGAAACUUGAAUAUUGUGUACGUAAAUAAAAAAAAUUCAAACAGUACCAUUAUUUUUGAAGUGCGUAUUGUUGCGGUUUACCGUGCGGCACGUAAUAUAUUAUGUCUAACUGUGUAUCGAAUAUUGAUUUUGUUCUUUAAUGACGAUAUACUUUACAACGCGUACGCUAGAAACAAAAAAAAAAAAACAAAACAAAACAAUACCGUUAGGUGUAUCUUCAUUGUACAUAAAUAUGGAUGAAACAAACAAGUGCAGAUUAAAACGAAGUAUAAUGUUUUUAUUGUAUUUGCUUCUGUUUGUCGAACACAAAAUAAUUAUUCGAAUAGGUCAAAAAUAAAGACUAUUGCACCGUAUAGUGUCUAGUAUUAUUAUACUGUAAUAUUAAUAUAUAUAAUAUGUAUUAUUAUAUCUUUUUACCGCAACAUUUGAACACUUUUAGCGAUUGCCUCUGCACAAAAAAUUGAACUCAAACUGGAGAAUUAUAGUCGAUUGAUUGUAGGAUAUUUGAAAUAAUACAAGUUUAGUUGAAAUUUAUUAUGAAUUUAAUCGGCCAUUUAUCACGGUUGAACGAUGUGUUUUACUUUUGUACACCUCUACAUACGCUCUACAGACUCUCGAAAUGAAGCCAGGUGCAUACAAUUUAGUAUAUACAUGGCAUUAGUAUCGAGCAUGACGUGUUUUUUGGAGGUUUCAACUUUCAACACUGACGCUUAACAUUUUUAUAAUUUUCAAAUUUCACCUUUUUUUUUUGAAAUUAAUGGGUAUGCAAUAACCUAUUCGGUUAAGUAUAUCUAUUGUUUCGCAAAGAAUAUUUUUAUUAUAUAAAUAAUAUAUAUGAGGAAAAGUCGUCUAUACAGUGACAGAUGCAUGAUGAUGCUAACGAGUAUUUUUUUUUUCUUUACAGAAAUGGACCCAAGAAAAUUCUAGACUGCCCGAACAUUUACAGAGGACUAUUCCGCAAAAACCUACAAUGGAAAUCGAAAACUGCAACAUAUCGGUAGACGACUGGAAUCGGCUGGCAUGGGAAGCCACUCAGGUACCUAUAUUAUAUUAAACUUACAAAAAUAUUAAAUUUCAAAUUAAAUCGCUAUUAUAUAUAUAUAUGCGAUGCAUAUAUAGGUACCCGGGUAUCUAUAUUAUAAAGUCGUAGUUCGAUGAACUGACAACUCCUAGACAUAUAGCAUGUGUGAUGUGCAACGAAAAAUAAAAAAAACGAGUGGGCAUAUAAGUCAUGACUCACGACUGCAGUUAAAUCUUUUAUGGUAUAAUCGGCUGUAUAUUAUAUAGGUACCGACUAUAAUAUAACAGGUUCUGUAAACUUUAUACUUGAGUAUUUUAUACCGUACGCCCAAACGCCGCGAGUAUACGAAGGUGUAUAUUAUAAUAAUAUUAUAUUAUUUAUCCACGUGUACGUAUAUUAUACACACACACACACACACAUACAUAUAUAUAAAUAUAAUAAUAUAAUAUUCACCUGACCCAACGAUGACUAUUGUCGAUCUAAAUAUAUAGCGUAGGACUGCUGCACGAUGAUGAAGCCUUUCUAUAUAAUAUAUAUAUAUAUAUGUAGGUACACGUUCGUACGUACGAGAAACGAGACGGAUCCAUGGUGCAUUUCGUGCAGCCGCCGUCGCCAAUCUCUACACACGAAUGCGAAAAAAAAAAAAUAAAAAAAAAUAGUAAAACUAAAUUUAUGUAUUACAGUCGAAUUUGGUACCAUGCGAUUAUUGUCAACGCAAGUUCCUAGCGAACAGACUCGAAGCCCACGCCAGAGUUUGUCUCGAAUCCAAGAAAAAAACACUACCGGUAAGCGCUGCAUAAUGUCCGAAGUAUAUAUAUUUUUUUUAAAUGUAUUGUCUACGUUUGUUAAAAUGGGUGUGUCUCGUUUCGGCCAAAAAUGACUAUCGCCGUUGUUAUAAUUUGUUUGAAUUUUGUUGUUAUAAGAUUCUCGUAACAAACUAUAAAGAUUAUCUUUGAACGUGGUCAAUGUGUACACGACGUUAUGUGGCACAUACAUUUUACGACAUAAACUAUAUUUUACUGUUUAUUAAUAAUAUGGCUGAGUUUUAAAAAAAAAAUGAGACAUAGAUACGUUAGUGUUUAAUAAUAAUAAAUACAAUUUUGGUUCAAUUAACAUAAAUACACGUGAAAUUCGUAGAUUCCUUGGCGUUAUGUAAAACGUUCUUAUUCUGCUACAUUUUAUACUUUUAAUUCUAAAAUGAUAAAUGUAACACGUAGGUUUCACCUGUAUGUAUAACUAUUGACUCUAGAUUGGUCAUACACACAGCCGUUAAUGAAAUUCGGCCUCUGUCAAAAAAGUUUGGACAUCGUUUUCACAUAACACAGUCGUGGUUUCGAAAUGCUCAGAAGUACGGUUUAGCUACAGAAUAUAAAAUAAAUACAAACAUUGGUAAAUGGAUUAAAUACACUUUUGGGUUAUUAUAUUUAGAACCCAUGAAGUAUCCGAUUGUUUUUGUUGAAGAUCUGAUGCCGGAAUGCCCAACUGACGAUAGAGUUAUUACGUACUAUGAUUAUUUAAUAAAUAAUUUUGGGCGAAACGGACUACGCCUGUUAAAAGUUCUCAGUGCACGCAUAGUAGGUACUUACCUACCUACCUACCUACGCUGUUUAGGUACCUACUCGAUGUUUGACAACCGAUUCAUCGCAUCAAUCGUGACAUGACUUUCAGACUUCAGUAGUUGCCUAUAACGAAUAUAAUACAGAAUGGUGCCUACCUGUAUUAUUAUGGACGAUAUGAAAUACUAUAUUCGGCUGUUGGCAAUAAAUGUAUCACAAGUAGCCUAGCUUCAGGUUAAAUAUGUCUUAGGUAUCAGCCGGUUUUUACCGUUUUAACAACGUGUUAAUAAGGCAAUACAUUUAAUCACCUGGAAUCAGCUUGUUGUUGUUCAAAAGUUAACCGUGACACGUUAAUAUGUGUCACCUAUUAAUAAAAUAGGUACAUUUUAUUGUAGACAGUGGCGCGUACAGUGAAUGGGGGAGGUUAAGAGUGGUAUACCUUUCCCCAUCAGCUAAAAAAUACAACAACUAUUAGUGUUUAUUUAGUAAUUUUAUCUUGAAAUUAAUAAUGUAUUUUAGCCAAAUUACAGGGGGGAAAAUGGUUGAUUUAUCAAAUGCAAAUUAGCGUUUUCGGAUCCAGCUUUCAAAUUCUCAUUGUCAUGUCAGAUACAACACACGAUUCUACAGAAUCCACUUACCACAGAUAUAAUACGAUGUUAUAUUAUAAAAACCGUGCUAAUCGCAAAUAAUCGUGACCAAUUAUAAAUUAUAUAGAAUCAAGGUAACCUCUUUAAUAGCACAGCUACAACAUAAUUGUUUUUUUUUUUUAUCAUCAAAGAAUUACUUAUCCUCAUUUUAAUCGCCAGUUAUAUUAUGUAUGUAGGUACAUAAAUAUACCGAACGGCAAUAUUUUGUUAACAUUUUUGCAGAUUUAUUAUGACUAUCAAAACCUAAAAAAAUUACAAUAAUCGACACUUAUUAUAGAAAACAUUUUGUUCAUUAUUUUUUUUAUUUUUUCACAAAUUUUACAACUAGUGCAAACUCUUAAACAUUGACUUACAAGUGAUAAAACGUGCAUACGUAUUAUACAAGGUUUAUGCAAAAUAGUAUGUAUAUGUAUGUUUUUGAGCCAGAAUAUGGAAAUUUUCAGGUCGGAAGACUGGACACCGUGAUGAAUAUGGUAAUCGAAAUUUCAAAAACAAUUCGUAAUUACAAACUUUUAACGCGUGGGUUUAGACAUUGGCCAGAACGAGAAAUAUAUUGUAUUUUACACAACUACUAAUUUUUGUUUUUUAGAUUCGAAACGUAGUGAGGGAUUUAUUGGUUUUACAAUGAUUUGAUUUUUUUUUUCUAUCUGUAAACAACUUUUCUACCAGAAAUUUUGCUUCAAUUGAAAAAUUAUCGAUUUUGUUUCAUUUUUCGAUGUAGUUUUUACAAUAAUUAUUAUGAAAAACUAAAAAAACGAAAAAUACGAUUUUUUUUUAAUUACGGCGCAAAGAUUUCAUAAUUUAAAAUUUUUAAGAUUAUAUUUUUUCACCAGAAAUUGUUAUCCAAAUUUCAAAAAUUUCUGAUUUAAAUGAAUGUCAUUCGUUGAAAGAUGCGCGGGUUUUUGACCUCCAAAUAUUUUAUCAAAAUUCCUAACAUAAUUUUAAAAAAACUGACAACAAAUUAUGAUACGACUUUUCGUAUAAUGUCUGGGUUACAAUGGUUACAAGGGAAAAACAUGCCUAUAAUUUUCAUUUCCCUCAGAAUAUUUUCAUUAUUUUUUUUAUCACAUUGAUUUAUCGUUGUUUUUCGUUGCUUUCUCUAUAGGUACCAUAGUAUAUUCCCUAAUCGGGAAAGUAUUAUAGGAUAUUUGCAAAAGUUGCCUAUCCAUCAUAUGGCCAUAUGCAGGUAUGAAGUGUGUCCGGCUUUUUGAUUCUAAAUUUUAAACGCAAACUUUCACGGUGGUUGGGGUUGAAUCCCCUCUGUCACUGCUAUUGCCAUCGUUUUUCGGACUUUCACCCCGCGUCAGCCGAUUUUCAUCUGCGGGACGGCGUUGCGUGUCCCCGAAGUCAUUAGUCACCGUGUAUGGGGUUAUGAACGUGUUAAAGAACUCUAGUAGUUAAAAGCGUAAAUAACAAUUUACCAGUUGUUGUGUUACAAUGGUUUCGUCGAUUGAAUUAUUGUGACGUGUAUAUUAUAAUAAAAAUAUUUUGAAACCCUGCGCGAAGAUAGAUUGUUGCUGUCGAUCGGUCUGUUCCGAAUCGCGGCGGUCGUCAUGGAAAGACCGCCGCAGCCGCCGCCGCCGCAUUAUUAUUUUUAAUAAUAUUAUUUCUGUUGAUUCUAUUUUAUUAUAUUCAAUAUUUUAUCGAACCGGUGCCGGUGCGUUCCGUUCGCAGGUACUGCACGGUAAUAGAUUACCCGCCAAACAGCAGCAGCCGCGGACAGCGAUGGACAAACCGAAAAAGAAACCUGCCACGUGUUACGUGUGCGGCCGUCUGUUCGGCACCGCGUCCAUAGGAAUACACGAACCCCAGUGCCUGAUCAAGUGGACCCGGGAAAACGAUAGCUUGGCCCCGCACCUCCGAAGACCGGUGCCCACCAAACCAGAAGUUGUCAUCGACGAAGGUAACGUGAAAUCGUUCUGUGCGUAUAACUAGUAUACGUCAUAAGCUACUGUAUUGGUAUAAUUGUAAAUAACCUCACGCGUUGGGUCAUAAUUUGUCUUCGGUUUUAGAGUCCCCAGCAAAAAUCCCCAGUUGCGUUGUUAGUGCUGAUUACAAACCCCAGACGUAUCUAUUUAAUAAAUCAAAACAUUGGCGUUCAAACGAUUCAAAAGAAGAAAAAAACAAUAAUAAUAAUAAUGUAACAGUUUAUUUGAUUAUAUAGUAGGCGUACAGAAAUAAAAUAAAAAUUGUAUUCCUCGAGAUAAUUUCUGUUAGGACCCGAUCGUCUAUGUUUUUUUUUUUUUUAGUUUUUAUACAACCCGUUUAGAACCUUCACUGCUUCCAUUAUUUCACACAACCUCUCCCUAUUUUCACUCUCUUCUAGCUCCGUUCCUGGUGCCACCUUUACCAGAUCUGCUUUCAAUGUGUUCAACCAUCGUUGCUUUUGGCCGCCUCUGGGUCUUUUACCGUUGAUUUCACCUAUCAGAACUUGUUUACAGAUACCAUUAUCUCUCCAUAAGUGUCCCGCCCGUUCUAUUCGUUAGCUUUUGAUAAAUACUUUUAUGUUUGGUUUUUGAAAUAGCUGGUAGAUUUCCUCGUUCGUUCUUUUUCGGAAUUCUCAAUUUUCAGUGAUUGGACUAUAGACUCGACGGAGUACUUUCUUUUCGAAAAUUAAUAAUUUCUCUUCGUCCUCUUUUGUUACCGACCACGUUUUGCAACCAUAUGCUAGGAACGGACGUAAAUAACUUAAAUAUGGGUUAAUCUUUGACCUUAUAGAUAGGAGUCUGGAUUAUUUUAAUAUAGUUUCACUAAUACAAAAUAUCCUUUGCUGGCUGCUGAAAUUCUUAAUAUUAUCGAACACCUAUACACUAAUCGAUAAACAAAAUAUAAUAACUAUUGUGUUGUUUCGGUAACAGCGACGGGCAAGGUGGAUCAUCGAGCAACCAGAGAGGAACAUUGGAAAUCGUACUUGUCGCAGUUGGUGCCGUGCGAUCGGUGCAAACGGACUUUCGACCCGGACCGAUUGGAAGUGCACCAGAGGAGUUGCAAAGGAGUGACGAAUAAAUGA